ACCCUUCAAUAUCCCCGGCGAAUGCUGAUAAUGCUUAUUCAUACAACCCUUCGCCUUCCAGUGUACCUUCGUCGGGAGCUACCACUAUCAAAGGAAAUCAAUUCCGAUUUCUCCACACAUUAGCACCGCCCAUAUUCCCAGACCAUGAUCCAAGUGCUCAGUCGACCGCUAUUGAAGGAGUGCUGAAUGACAAGCCCUGGUCAGGAGCCGUGCCGUUCUUUGUCGGGCAUAGGAUAUGUCCUGAAUAUCUUAGAGCCCGAACGCGCCAAUCCUACUACGGCGCAGCAUUUCCUGAUUCCUCAAUCGAUACCCUCCUUACUCGACCCAGAAGAUAUCGACUACUUGCGGGCGAAGGGUGUCUUCUCCUUGCCACCGUCAGACGUCUGCGAUGAGCUCUUGCGUUGCUACUUCCACCACAUCCACCCAAUCUUGCCUAUCCUCGAUGCCGACCGUCUUUUGAACGCCUAUGUAGAUGGCGGAGUGCAAAAGCUCAACCUUCUCUUGAUGUGGAGCAUAUUUUCGGUGGCCGUUAACUAUACCCGAGAUGAAGUAUGCCAACGAGCUGGCUUCCAAACCCGCCGAGAUAUGAAAAGAGCAGCACUCUCGCGAGCAAAGUGCAUGUAUGACAACGGCCGUGAACAAGAUAAGAUCGUACUCGUCCAAUCCACUCUACUCAUGUCGUUUUGGUACUCCGACACUGAAGAUCGCACCGAAUCCUGGCACUGGAUCGGCAUCGCUAUCAGCCUCGCGCAGACGAUGGGCUUCCACCGCAAUCCUGACUCCAGCCAGCGCAACAGCCGCCUCUCUGAGCGACAACGGCAGCUAUGGAGACGGCUCUGGUGGUGCUGUUUAUACCGAGAUAGGUGGCAAAGCUUUGGUGUUGGACGUCCCAUGCGCAUCGUGAUCGAAGACUGCGACACGCCGUCGCCCUCUGCAGAUGAUGUCCUCACCGAGGCAGAAGGCCUUUCUGACGCGGCGCGGAAGUUCAUUCCCCACGACCUCGUCCUUCUUACUAAAUACUGGAUCAUUCUCCUGGAGCUUACUGCUAGUUUGGGAAACAUUUUGGUUGGACAGUGGCGUCGACAGACACCAUUGUUAGACAUCAAGUCGGCAAACGCUCUGGAGCAAAAGCUUUCAACAACCAUGGGUUCGCUAUUCAGCGGACUUACUACUCCGGACUCGUCGUUUGCCUCCUUCUACGAAAGCCUUCUACGGCUACAUCAUUCGGCCGCUAUCAUAGCAUUGUUUAGGCCUUACGAUAAGGGGGAUGAGCAGCUGUGGGGUGCUUUUGGCAAAAAUGCGACGCAGAAGAUUAGAGAAGCGGCAUCGAAAAUAAACCUCACUCUUGACGCGAUCUUCAUUGCCGGCCUCACCAACUACAUUGGCCCCAUGGCAAUCCCUCUCAUCGUGCCCGCCAUGCACACACAUCUCCUCGACCUCCGCAGCCCCGAGAACUUAGUCCGACAGAUCGCAUCGAACAAGCUUGCCUUCUGCAUGACGGUGAUGGACGAGCUCAAGGUGCUCUAUCCCACUGCGAAUUUCAUCCAUGACAUCUUCGCUCGAGCGAAAUUGAAGAUCGAGAGCCAGCAAUCUCCGUCUGAAAUCCACGCACAACUUCAACGCAUACCAUUUGGUGCUCGCAUGUCUACUGAGUUCGAAACACCGCAGUCGAAUUUAGCUACCACCGCAGGAGAAUUACCACAUCUAUUUAUCGACUCGACUCUCUUUGAUUUCUGGGACCCAAAUUCUAUAUUUCCGUAUAACUUCUCCGACAUUCCUGAUGUGGAUAUGAAUGCGAGCCGAGCGGUGGGCUAUAACGAAUUCGAGGACACCUUUUCAAAUAUGUGGCAAAACGGGCAGAUGUGAGGCUGACGUCGGGUGCUGUAAGAAGGCUCGAAGACGACCUUGCGGACCUACGUUUAAGAGAGGACAGGGAAAGGCGCGUAUUCGAUGUGGGACAGAUCGACCCAUUUACUCAGGUACAGCUGCGCUAUUCACAUUAUAUUGCUUACGUUCCUUCGAGCUCUUUCGAUCUUACUAUAACGUGCAACACAAGCGAGCCGGCCACCUCAUCAACUCUCAACAGCUUUGAACGUAGAUUGCUCCACAACGCUAAUAGAUAUUAACUCAAUUUAACUUGCAG